GGCGGAUCGACACCGAAGUGAGAGCAGAGGAGGAGGGCAAGGCAGACGUGCAGCAGACCGCCUACACCGGAGACCAGCAGCCGCCUGCCCCCGCAGGCGAUCGAGACCCACAAGGGGACGAGCCAGAGGACAGCGAGACGGCCGGUAGACCUGACUGGGGUCAGGAAUGGAGCCGUCAGGGGAGCUGGACCUGGUCCUGGUCGUGGCAGUGGGUUGAUGACCGCCGGGGGGAGGAUCCCUGGCUGCGGGGAGGCCCAUGGGGAGGGUUCGCUCGGACCGCCGGCACAGCUGCCGCCGAGGUCCGGGCGCCGGCCGUCGAGACAGCCAGCUACGCGACGAUGUGGCUGGGUCGCGAGGGGACGCAGCAGUGGUCGAGCCUCGCGCCAGCAGCGCCGCCGGCGACGCGGCUGGGAGCUGCCGCGGCAGCGAGCGCGGCCCCGCCCGCCGCGCCGAGUGCGCCGGCCGCGGCCCCCGCGCAGCGUGCGGCGGACGUCCAGGCGGACGCGACGGCGAGCGCCGAGGCGCACGCCGCGCCAGCCGCGCCGGCAGCGCCGAGGGCGCCCGCCGCGGCUCCUGCGCAGGCCGCGCCAGCCGCGCCCGCCGCGCAGGAGGUGCCCACGCGGGCGCAUGCCCCGCUGGCGUCGGCAGCCGCGGGCUCCGUCGAGACGGGGCUCGGGAGCAGCGCGUGGCCGGAGCUGCCGCCACAGCCGCAGUCGCAGCCGCCGCCGCCAAGAGGAGACAACAUGGGGCCGCAGGCGUGGCCGGGCUUCGACCGCCUAGACACGUGGGUGGCCAGCCUGAGACGAUGGAGUAAGAGGUCCUCCCUGGCUCCGUCAGCCCAGGGAGGAAGAGUAGUCGACGAGCUGCCGCUGGAGCUGCAGGAGAAGCUGAUGAACAUUCCAGAAGAUAUCGACUUGGAAGACGGGCUGGAAGUUCUCAUUCGAUAUCUCAGACAAUGCCGAGGAGAUCGAGAUGACGAUAAGCAGAAGGAAGCGUUCCGACGAGCCCUGGAGGAAGUGGCCAUCAAGCCGGGAGAGUCUCUCACGCAAUUCAGACAGCGACGAGAUCUAGAAGUCAGGGAGGCCAACAAGUAUGGAUUGGACUUGCCCGCGAAGAUACAGGUCGAGCAGCUGAAGUCGGGAGCACACUUGUCGGAGCAGAACCUCAUAAACAUGUUGAGCAUAUCGCAGGGUCGGGACGACUUGGACUCGAUCAAGAAAGCCAUGAUGAGAAUGGACGUGAAGCGCAUCGCCACCAAGGCCUCCGCCGGAGGUGCCAGGGGGGGCCGGUCGAGGGUCUUCGCCUCCGUGGAGAACGCCGUCGCCAACGUCCAGGAGCAGGUAGGCGACGACGAGGAAGACAUGGAGGAGUGGAUCGUCGAGUUCCUGGAGGACUCCGUCCUCGAACACGACGACGCCGAGGCCGUGUACGUGGCUGUGGACCACCAGGACCUGGACGAGGACCAGUUGUGCGCCGUGAUCGGCGCCAUCUUGGACGAGAAGCGCGAGAAGGAGGGCAAGCCCAGGCGAUGGGCCGAGAGCAAGGAGCUGAAGCGGGCGAUGGCCAGGGACAGGGACUUCUUCGACAGCAAGCGGGCCGGCAAGGCUUCUGGAGGCAAAGUGGGCUCGGGUAAGCAACGACUGAGUAUCGAGAAGCUGAAGGCCCGCACCAAGUGCGCCAACUGCGGGCAGAAGGGGCACUGGAGGAAGGAGUGCCCGAACCCCUUUCGUCCGAAGCAUCGUUCCAAGGCCGAGAUCCGGCCGCGCGGCUCCAUGUACGUCCGGGGGGACAACGGCGCGAGCUCGGGCAUGACCUGGCUGGUGGGUGCCGUCCGUAUCGAGGAGAUCUGUCGUGCUGUAGCUCAGAUCGAGGACGGCGUGUGGCAGUUAGACGACGAUCGCGAGCCAGCCGGCAUGGUGGACACGGCGGUGGGCCAGGCACUUGUGGGCAGCGAGCGUCUGGAGAAGCUGAAGGUCGCUUACGCUCGCCGAGGCUGGAAGAUUCCGACUCGCUACGGCAAAGUGGCCGGCCAGGCCAGGGGGGUCGGAGGAAGCGUCAAGGUCAUCGGCGAGGCCCUGGUCCCGAUCACCGUGAUUCCGAACCAGAGCGUGAUCAUCCUGUUUCGCAUCGUGGAGGGCCCGAUUCCGCCGCUGCUGCCUGUGAAGUGGCUGGAGUCCGUGGGCGCCGUGGUCGACCUGCGCAAGGACGUCAUCGACCUGAGCGGCACCGAGCUGCCCUUGCACUGGGAGCCGUCCGGGCACAGGCUCGUGAGCUUGCUCGGCGCCCGGCCCACGCACCUGUUCGAGGUGGCCGCGGAUGCCGCGGUGGACUGGCCAGGACUGAAGGGGGUGUACGACUUCGGCGACACCGUGAAACCCGAGGUCGAUCGCACGUCCGUGGCCAUCGAGCUCGAGACCAAGCUUGAGGCGGCCAGCCCGACCACUCCAAGGGCACCGACUGUGGGGCGCUCCCAUCCAGUGCGCAAGACUCUCCAGUCGAAGAGCGGCUCCCCGGCCCAGCUGAUCAAAGAGGCGAGGGCUAUGCAGCGCCGCCGUCAACAAGCACAGCAGGAGACGAAGGCCAAGGACGAGUGGGAGACCAUCGGCAUGGACGAGGGCUCGGAGGCGACCGACCCGGAGCUGGAUCAGGAGGAGCUGUCGACGGGCAAGAUCACCUUUCCCCCAACGAUGCAGGCCUGGCGCCGCAUGACGUUGCGGGCCAUCUGGAGCUCAAACGCCAAGGCCACAAUGAUGAACGCCAACAUCAUGAGCGGCGAGAGGGUCUCGGAGGUGGCGCUGGAGUGCGACCAUCCGAAGUGGGCGCGGCGCCGCGGGACCAACCAGUACGCCAAGUACGAGCACUGCCUCAAGUGCAAGACGCGGCUGUGGAUCGAGAGGCGCUCACCGCAGCAGGUUCUCGACUGCCUGCAGCGGGCUCAGGAGCGCAGGGACCGGCACUCGGAUCACGCCCGCCUGUCCGCUCAGGCGGAGCCGCCGCCACUACCCAUCAAGCCCGAGCUGGUCUACAAGAAGACGGUCACGGCACCCGCCCACAAGGUGAAGACCGAGAAGGGCGCCCAGUCCAGCGGACCAGAGACGACGGCGAAGGUCCUCAAGGCCCUGGACGACAACAACAAGGCCCUGCAGCAGAUGGCGGAGGCCGUGCAGGGCAAUGCGAUCGAGCUGGAUCAGAUCACGACCGAUCGAAAAUGGACCCCCUACCUCCUAAGUGACUCGGAGAAGACCCAGAUGAUGGCCCAGGCGGCGGUCUUUCUGGUGACCGGGGAAGGGGGUCGAGAGUUCAGGGAGAGUCUCUGGGGAUACACCCGGGUGCGAGUCACGGAUGAAGGCAUUCCCCUUUUGGACUCCCUGACUCCCGACCUCUCGCCAGCGCAGUUACAGAACGCCAUCCGCAACUCCAGCAAGGACGUCCUGAAGUUCGAGGCCUGGAGAUCCGAGGAU